AUGUCCACUCCUGCCUCGGACAACGGACCUCGGGCUCUCCGGCCUCGAGUUGAUCCUGCCAAGUCUGGCAUCGACAUCAAGCUUGACCAGCACUGGAGCUCAAAGUCCUACACUUCUGGCUCCAAGGUCACUGGCAAUGUCAUCAUCAACUCCCCAAAGGAUGUUGCCUAUGAUGGCUUUGACAUCUUCUUCACAGGCACUGGUUACACUCGUGUUGACUUCCUCAGCCAAUACUCCAGUGCCAACUACGCUUCUCGUCCUUUCAUGAAGCUCCGCAUGCCUCUCAACUCUGCCGACUUCCCUCGCAACCAUGUUUUCGAGGCAGGUCGCACAUACACCAUCCCCUUCCACUUUGUGGUCCCUCACCAGCUCACUCUCAGCGCUUGCAACCACGCUGUUGAGCACGAGGGUAUCCGGGAUCACCACCUCCAGCUUCCCCCCACUAUGGGUUUCUGGGAGCGCAACGAUCAGUCCCCCGAUAUGGCUCACAUCGAGUACGGCAUCCGAGCUGUUGCCACCAAGAACAACGCUGAGGAGGGACGAUCUUCUCCUUUGGACGCUUUCCACAUGAUCAAGGUUCUCCCCGCGGUUCCUGAGGAUGCUCCUCUCGAUAUUAGCGCCAACGAUGAGCGCUACUGCCUCACCAAGACCAAGCCUAUCCGCAAGAACCUCUUCACAGCUAAGCAGGGCGAGUUGAAGACCACUGCUUCUCAGCCCAGUGCUAUCAUGCUUUCUGGAAACUUCCUCAACGCCAGCAGCACCAACUUGAAGGUCAACUUCGAGUUCAGCUCCACCUCCAAGGACGUUACUCCUCCCAAGAUCAACUCCGUCAGCGCAAAGCUUCACUCCACCACAUUCUUCAGCAGCACUCCCAUGAACCACCUCCCCAACCUGGGUUCUCGCAUCAAGCAUGGAAGCAGCCCUUCGCUCACCUACUCUACCACCACUCCUGUCCCCAUGCGCCCCGAUACCCAGCUGGCUUGGGAGAACGAGGCCCCCGCCUCUCGACGUGAUUCCGGCUACGACAGCGCUUUCUGGAACGAGGGAGAGUCUUCCGAGUCCGACGAUGCCCAGCGAACCAAGAAGGCUAGCAAGUACAACGUCCGCCGCUAUGCCACCCUCGAUAUCCCCUUCAACUUGCCCACCGCCGGCAAUAAGCUUUUCCUUCCUACUUUCUACUCUUGCAUCAGCGCCCGCGCUUACAUCAUCCAUCUCACCCUUUCCGUCGGACCCAUGAACACCAACAUCAACCUGAGCAUUCCCGUUCAGGUUGCCGUCGAGAACAGCUACGAUGAGGUUGACGACGAGGAGCUUCCUUCUUUCGACGCUGCCAUCGCCGAGGCCGACAUCGACUACCACCUGCAGCCCCGUCUUAUGCAGAUUCCCUCUGCCCGCUUCAUGGGCAACAGCAGUCUCCCUGGAUACGAUGACAUGCGAAUGCGACCCGUCGCAGUUGCCUAA